CAGGAUGUCAUUACUGUUGCACCCACUGGAGUGGGAAAGACAUUGAUGUUCUGGGUCCCUCUUCUAUUCACUGGCAAUGUGGUCAUGACUGUUAUUACAGCUUUGAAUAGCCUUGGAGACCAGAAUGUCAAGGAGUUGAAUAUGCUUGGUCUUACCUGCAUUAAUGUCACUGGACAGAACAUGAGUGAUGAAUUAUUCAAAGUAAGUGCAAGUUUAUUGCAACAUUAG